AUUAAAUCCAACACACAGCCUUGGUCCAGAUGGUGUACCAAGCAUUCUUCUCCAAAAGUGUGCAGACAUCUUGUGUCAUCCUCUUACUCAAAUCUUUAACGCAUCAUUUAAGAGGGAAACGGUACCUGCUGACUGGAAAGAAAUCAAGGUUGUACCUGUACAGAAAUCAUCUUCUGGAGCAGGUAUAAAGUUUAGACCAGUCGCUAUAACAUCUCCUUUUUUGAAAACUAUGGAGAAACUUCUUUUGAAUAUUCUUAAACCUUCUUUAAAAGCUUUUAGUGACCCUAAGCAGUUUGCUUAUAAGUGUGGAAGAAGUACAUUAGAUGCAGCCAUUGUACUACACCACAAUAUUGUUUCCUGCCUUGAUAAGGGUGCUAAGUUCGUUCGAACAGCUUUCUUAGACUAUACUGCAGCUUUCGACUCUGUUCCUAGGACACUUUUAUUAGGCAAGAUGAAUUCAGCACAAACAGAGUCCUGGGCAACUAGAUGGCUGUCUUCUUAUUUUAAGGAUAGGAAACAGCAUACUGUUUUGGCUGGAAAGCGCUCCACUUCCCAGCUAACUGAAAGUGGUGUGCCUCAAGGUGCAGUACUUUCUCCAUUUCUUUUCUCUUUCUUUUUGCAUGACCUUCCGAACUCACCCAAAGUUAACUUCAUUAAGUAUGCUGAUGACCUGACCGUUUCUGUCCCUGUAGUUUCCACAUCGGAUUGUUCCUAUAUGAAUGGCUUUUUAGCUGAAGUUAAGGAUUGGUCUGGCUCAAAUGGUCUUAAACUAAAUCCAACUAAAUGUAACACUGUUGAUUUUAGCUUGAGAAGUGAAAAAGACAUGCAUGGAUUGAUUCAAUCUCAUGAUUGUUGUAAUAUUGAUGGUACCAUGAUUGAGAGUAAGUCAAGUGUUUCUUAUCUUGGCAUUAGUUUCUCGUCAAAUCUUUGCUGGUCGUCUCAUAUUCUUAUAGUUUCUAAGAAAGUUUUCCGUCUGACUUAUUACAUAAAGAAGUUGAGACACUCAGGUAUAACUCAAUCUCUUAUCAUACAAUUUAUUAAUUCAUGUGUUUUGCCCAUCAUUCUUUAUUGUUCUCCAUUAUUCUUCCCUGGGCUACUCAAGAAAGAUCAUAUAAUACUACGAAGAACAUUGAGGGCUGUAAGUAGGGUCAGUGCUAUCCCUUUGACUGAACUAAAUGACACUGUUGUCAAUAGGCAUAUGAAUUCUUGUAAACACUUAGCUAAAGUUAUCUUAUCUGAUAGUGAACAUCCUCUUUAUUCACAAUUGUUUCCUUGUAUCUCUUCGGGUAAGACCAGAAGAAAUUUUAUAAACAUUUAUGCUCGUACUACAAAAUAUAAAAAUUCGACCGUUCCAUAUUUGGCACGAGUAUUGUGUGAAGAGACAAAUAUCAGAAAAGAACUUUUACAACUUUUGAAUCAAUAACUAAAUUAUAAAAUGAAAUGAUGCAUAUUAAUGCAAGUGUUAUUUGUUAUAUUAUUUAUUUAUUAUUCACUAUGACCUAGAAAGAGUAUGAUUUUGUUGGGUUUUUUAUUUUUAUUUAUUUUUUUAUUAUUUUUUCCUAUUAACUA